AGGGGUAGGUGAAGAGGCUAUAAGAAGGGAUGUUGUGUUUUGCCAAGCUAGGGCAUUCAGCACCGCAAGCCAUAGCUAGCUCCAAAAGAGCUAUAUAUCAUCUCUUCUUGGUUCUCUUUUUAUUGACUACUGUAGAGUAAGGUGUUUAACUUAUUAAGAUUUUGGCCUUUUGUCAUCAUGGCUUCAUCAAACAGACACUGGCCUAGUUUGUUUAAGUCGAAACCUUGCAACCCUCACCACCACCAAUGGCAGCAUGACAUCAACCCUUCAUCUCUCAUGUCAACUGGUUGCCACAGAAACCCCUACGCAUCAGUUCCUGGAUGUGAAGAGAGAAGUCCAGAGCCAAAGCCGAGAUGGAACCCAAAACCUGAGCAGAUUCGCAUUUUGGAAGCAAUCUUCAAUUCUGGGAUGGUUAAUCCACCAAGGGAUGAGAUACGGAAGAUCAGAGCUCAGUUACAAGAGUAUGGCCAAGUUGGUGAUGCCAACGUCUUUUACUGGUUUCAAAACAGAAAAUCAAGAAGCAAACACAAGCUGAGAAAUCUUCAAAACUCAAAACAACAAAUUACCCCUUCAACCACCAAACCUGUGACUGCCUCUCUCACAGCUCCAUCGUCUCUAUCAUCUUCCUCAGAAAAAUCCUCUCCAAAAGUGUCCAAAAGGACUCUCUCUUUGAGCUCUCCCCCUUUUAUUGAUGCUUCCAAUUCGCCAAACAGUUCAGUUAGCCAGACCUAUUUUCAAGCACAAAAUGAAUUUGUGUCUGAACCCUUUUUCUUCCCCGUUCAACAGACUGGAGGGGAAACUGUGGCUUUUACUCAAGGGUUUUGCUUCUCUGAGCUCUCAAAUGUGGUUCAUGUUCAAGAUCACACAGUUGGGCCUUGCCCUAGUCUCUUGCUUAGUGAGAUAACGAAUUCCAGUGCUUCAAAAAAAGCAAACCAUGAAGAGAGAAACCUAAAGAUGCAACCGCAGCUCAGUUACACUGCCACCUCCCCAGUUACUCAUAGCAUCGAUCUUGCUCCUCCUCUCCCUCUUUCAGCUAACACUAGCACUGUUUCCAUUCAAUCCACCAUUAGUCAAAUUCAAGGUCUAGGGGUGUCCGGUGGCAAUGAAAGGUCGACGGUGUUUAUCAAUGAUGUUGCAUUUGAAGUAGCUAUGGGACCCUUUAAUGUGAGAGAGGCUUUUGGUGAUGAUAUUCUGUUGAUUCACUCCUCUGGUCAGCCUGUUCUCACAAACGAGUGGGGUAUCACCCUGGACUCACUCCAGCAUGGCGCUCUCUACUAUUUGGUACCCCUUUCCAUUAGUGAACAUAUAUAGAAGCGUGGAAGCUAGCUCUGAGGAGAUGGGAGCUAGCUGUGGUUCCGUGCUUGUGAUCUUAGUUUCUAAUUCUCUCUUUCUUAGGGUUUGAAUUAGUUUUUCUUUAAUUAUAUUGUUCGAACUGCUAGUUAUGGACUUUCUUUUAAUGGAUCUAAGAUAACAUUAGAACUUGU